AUGGGUGGCAGGCACAGCAGGCCCUUAGACACUAGUGCAGCAACUCAGGAUAUUAGCAGUGGGGGGCAAGACACAGCCGGAGGCUCUGCAGAUGAUGAUUAUCGAGAGUAUGGUGUGCAGCGUGGACGAGAGUUCCCUCGAGAUGUUCGCUAUUCCGUUGAGCUGGAAUACUCACAACCCCUUAGUUGGAUAUCACGUACUACUGAUGGUCGUUUUGUACUGGACAAGGAUAGUGAAGAAGGUGGUUUUACUUCACCUAGACGACCUACUCGGGGUGUUGGGAGAACAUCAACUGGUGGAGCUCAAGGGCAAGUUUCUUCCAGAUGGGGUAAAGAUGAAGUGGGGGUAGAAAGUGGUGUUUAUCAUGUACGUGCUGGCACAGCUAGCCGUCUCCACCACCGUCAGCCCCUUCCUCCUCGUCUUAGUUUACGCUCUGAUGGCUCUGGUGCCAGCACACAUGAAGAGCCACGUGCUGGAGGCACUCGUACUGAUAAAUCCAGUGGAAGAUGGGAUGCACCUGAUUCACAGAUAUCACCUGUGUCUCCAGAGUUUGGUCGGCAUAUUAUACCAGAAAGCCCUGGUGAUAUUGUGUGGUCUCCUCGUUCUAGACGUUUCAGAGCAUCUUCCCCAGGGCCAUUAAGCUCAGAAUGGAGUCAACUGGCACAGCUAGCAUCAUUCAGUGAGGUGAGCAGUGUACAGCAACCAUCCAGUGUAGAGCGUUCAUUUCCCUCCACCGUACUUUCAUCCUUUCCUAAUUCAGCACAGGGAACACCAUCUGCUCAUGGUACUUCAUUUACUUUGACACCACCACAUAGAGAUGCUCUACGAGUACUUCAUCAGCGCUAUGCCCGUCAGUUGCCACCAUUGUCCACCUCUCAGCUACACCCAGGUCGCCUUUUAGUAGGAGCACAGGUUCAUUCUCCUCCAUCACGCUUUCACCCACAAUUACAGACCUGGGCAGCACCACCACAUCCUCCAUUGGACUCAGCCUGGACUACUCCUCACCGCCCCACACGUGUGUGGCCCACAACCCGCCCAGUGAGCCAUCCUACACAUCAAACUGGUCGACCAGAGCUGACAGUGUUGGAGUCUGGCCAGCAUGUACAUUCACCACCACUGGUACGGGAAGGCCUUGUGGUGCGGGAGGCACUAGGUCAUAUCCAGCCUCCACGCAUACCAGACAUCCCACGCCAUUAUGUUAACCUUCCUCCGAGACGCGACGCUUAUCAACGAAUACCGGGGCGGGACCCCCCCUAUUUGCUCAAACCUUCUUCCUCGGAGAAUCAAAAGCCGCUGGCCACAAGCUCGCCCCCCCGCCCACGUGCUAUUCAGGACCAGCAAAGGGCCCAGGGGUUGCCCAGGCCUCGACCGCUGCCUCCCCCACCCCCUACCAGUACAAAGACCAGAGUACCUGACCCCUUGCCCAGAGCAGUGGGUAGGACACGAGAUAGUGAUUCAAGUAGUGAUCAACGUGUUCCAUAUACUCGUGAACAUUUGCAGGAGGCCAUUGGGCGGGUACGUAGUGGCCGUUUUGGAGAGGUGCCAUUAACCAGUAGUGCCCCAGAACUAAGCUCUGCAGGCCGAUCAGAAACUAGACAUACCUCUAGCCACCACUCCACAAGGCACACUGGUGGUAUUAGUGCUCCAGAAAGUCGUGAGCAGUCACACGAACAAUCUCAAGAGCAAUCUCCUGAUUCUUCUAGUGGGUUUGGUAGUAAAAAUACAUCGCAACAGCAAAGUUCAUCACAGUCGGGUCAAUCACUGUCAGCGUUGGGUCUUGAUUCAUCACGUUUGGAAGCCUCAGAGGCCACAGAAACUACAGAAGCCCCAGAUAUGUCGCCACCAGCUCCACCUGCCUGGCCCUUAGCAGCGCCUCGUGGUCGCCCAACACCUUGGCAGCGUCCACCAAACCCCCCUCCUUAUGAGGAGUGGGCAGCACGCCAGGUGCUGCUUCAGUUUCGUAUGCCAACUCUCACAGGACCACGUCAUUCAAGUGUAAAGGCAGGUAUGGUAGGAAGACGGCAGCGGCUUGGAUCAGCUGGGUUGGAUGCAAGUGUGGACUCUGGUAAUUCAGUUAAGGGGUCUCCACGACCUCCACCCAUCACCAUACCUGUGUCUACGCAGCAGCCACUGGAUAUAAGUGUGGAUGACCACUAUGAGUUUGACACAGUGCUGAGUCCCACACCUGGGGAGGAUGCAGCUGUAGAGUGGUCAAGAACCCGUGUUCCAUCAGGCGAGCGUGGCCUCAGCGACUCUGAGAUCUACGGGUCAGGUGGGCGGCGGCGCCACGAGUUAAGGGAGGCACGUGUUGCUGCCAUGAUACAGGAGUUCAAUGAAUAUAGAAGAAGACAGGCACGUCGCCGACGUAGUAGAGAAUUGGAAAGUGUGUGUUAA